GCAUAUGCUGAAACACAUAGAUUAACAGAAGAAAGAAAACGUAUACAAAAGUUUUAUGUAUGUUUUCACAUACUUUGUGCUCGGAAAGACACUAAAUAGCUGAAGAAAGAAUAAAUAGUGGAAUAAAAUGUGUAGUCAAACUGACCCAUAUUUCCUUGAGAUGUCGCUGAAUACUUUAGGAUACAAAUGUGUCUUUGUAAUUUUGUCAGCUGCUUCAUGUAGAAUGUAGUUCUUCCAAGUGCCCACAUGAGGACACUAUAGACCGUAACAUUUGAACUUCCUCUUUAGUGGCUCGGAGCUCCUCCCAGAUUCAGAGGAUGAUGAUGUUUCUCAUGCGAUUGAAACAAAGAGACAGAGAGGACGAACGAACACGGACGAUAUCCGUGUGGCAAUUUAAACUCGUCUCGUCUAUUGGCCUAUACAGCUUGAAAUAUUUAUUUGUGUAGCAUUAGUAAACGAAGCUGUCUGUAUGAUUUAUCUGGAUGUAUGGAAUAAUGCAUUCUCCGAGCAGUAGGAGCUCUGUGUGGAUAUAUUUCUUGGUCGUGCUGUUGGAUUGUUACUGGGAAGCGGUGUCUGGGCAGCUCUCUUACUCCGUCUCAGAGGAGGUGAAUCUGGGCACUGUUGUCGGAAAUGUCGCUAAAGAUCUGAACAUCAAUGUCCAGGAUUUGGAGCCCCGCAUGUUUCAGAUCGUUGCUGGAUCAAAGAGAAAAUAUUUCGAGGUAAACCUGAAGACUGGUGUCCUGUACGUUAAUGAGAGAAUAGAUCGAGAGGAACUCUGCGGCGACGAGCCCAAAUGUUCACUGAGUGUGGAAGCAGUUAUUAAUAAUCCUUUAAAACUGUACCGGAUUGAAAUUAACAUAGUGGAUGUAAAUGAUAAUUCUCCGUUAUUUAUAAGCACGUCACAGAUAGUCAAUAUUAGUGAGAACACAGCAGCAGGGGUAAGGUUCCCCCUGCACCCAGCUCACGAUGCAGACGUCGGUAAGAACACAGUCAAUAACUACAAGCUUAGCCAAAAUGAACAUUUCUCUCUCGCCACACAUAAAGGUGAGAGUGUAACUGUCGAAUUAUUGCUUCAGAAAGUUUUAGACAGAGAAAAACAGUCUGUGAUUCGACUCAUACUGACUGCGAUUGAUGGAGGAACACCUGCUAAAUCAGGCACUAUGGUCAUUAUAGUGAAUGUUUUAGACAUUAAUGAUAAUCCUCCUGUAUUCAGUCAAACUCUGUAUAAAGCCAGUGUCUAUGAGAACGUUAAGAUAGGAACAUCGAUAAUAACAUUAAAUGCUACUGAUUUAGAUAUUGGCCAAAAUGGACAAGUUGUGUAUUCAUUCAGUGAAGUAGGCCGAGGAAAACAAACUAAUCUGUUUGCUAUCGAUGAACAAACUGGAACUGUAACAAAUAAAAAGAACAUAGAUUAUGAAGAGAAUAACGCUUUUGAGAUCAGAGUACAAGCCAGUGAUGGAGCUUCCUCGCCGAUGACCUCACAUGCAAAAUUAUUGAUUGAAGUUUUAGACGUCAAUGACAAUGCUCCUGAUAUUUCGGUUACAUCAUUGUUAAAUAACGUGAAAGAGGAUGCGUCCAUCGGCACCGCCAUUGCUCUUGUUUCAGUACUUGAUAAAGACGGAGGUAAAAAUGGGAUGGUGAACUGUAAAAUCUCCAAUAAUGUCCCUUUUAAAUUAGAGUCAAACUAUAAGAAUUACUAUUCGUUGGUGGUGGACGGUCCUCUCGACAGAGAGAGCGCCUCUCAAUACGAUAUCAGCAUCACUGCUACUGAUGAGGGCAGCCCACCUCUCUCCAGCACGAGCAUUAUUAAUGUACACGUCUCAGAUGUGAAUGAUAACAAACCUCUAUUCACAGAAAACAUCAUCAAUGUCUAUGUGAAAGAGAACAGUCCAGUUGGAGCAGUAAUAAAAACUGUUUCAGCAGUUGAUGCCGAUAUUGAUCAAAAUGGUCAGGUGAGCUAUUCAUUCUUACAAAACAACAGUAAUUCAUUACCACUAUCGACAAUGAUAAACAUCAACUCAGAGACUGGAGAUAUAGUCAGCCUGCAGUCUUUUAACUAUGAGGAGUUAAAAACAUUUCAGUUUAAAGUUCAGGCCACAGACUCUGGUGUUCCUCCGCUCAGCAGCAACGUGACUGUGAACGUUUUGAUUCUGGAUGAAAAUGACAAUAAUCCAACGAUUCUCGCGCCCUAUUCUGAGCACGGCUCCGUUAACAGUGAGAGCAUCCCCUAUUCUGCUGAAGCGGGAUACUUUGUGGCAAAGAUCAGGGCUGUAGACGCAGACUCUGGAUACAAUGCGCUGCUUUCUUAUCACCUGUCUGAACCCAAAGGAAACAACCUCUUCCGCAUCGGAACCAGCACCGGAGAGAUCCGGACUAAGAGGAGAAUGAGUGACAAUGACCUGAAAACUCACCCCUUGGUGGUUCUGGUUUCUGAUAACGGAGAACCCUCCCUGUCAGCUACUGUGUCUAUUGAUGUGGUGGUGGUUGAAAGCACAGCUGACAUCCAGACUCCGUUCAGACAUGGGCCCAUAAAGGAGGAGAGCUUCUCUGAUUUAAACCUGUAUCUGCUGAUCGCCAUUGUGUCGGUGUCAGUGAUCUUUCUGCUGAGCCUCAUCAGUUUAAUAGCUGUCAAAUGCCACAGGACAGACAGUUUCAGCAGGUACAGCGCCCCAAUGAUCACCACCCACCCUGACGGGAGCUGGUCUUACUCUAAAUCUACUCAGCAGUAUGACGUGUGUUUCAGCUCAGACACGUUGAAAAGUGACGUGGUAGUUUUCCCCGCCCCGUUUCCGCCUGUAGAUGGUGAACUGAUCAGUAUUAACGGAGGAGACACUUUCACGCGGACUCAGACUUUACCUAAUAAAGAAAAGGUAAGAUAA